CAACUGUUCAAAUGGAUCAUGGCGAACCCCAGCCGUCAUUUAAGGGCAUCUCAGCCGCAUAUGCCAAAGCCAAGGUCGAAAAGGAGAAGCAAGAAGCCCAGGCCUUGAAGUCAACAUCGGCAGAUGCAGGGGAAGAAGCCAAUAGAGCUGGCGAAGUGCAUUUUAAAGCUGCGCAUGGCAUCGUAAUAGCUUUCUUUACUUGGAUACUAAUACUACACAUUCUGGGCAUCUAUCUUUUCACCAGCGGUUUCCUUCUUACGCGACUGGUGUUGGACCACAAGUCUGAAUGCGCAUCACCGCCCAUCGAUAGCCCCCUCUCAUAUAUUUCGGGCUCCUCCGAACCAGGAUGCUGGCAUCCAAAAACGUUUGACAAAGCCAUUGUAAUAUUAGUCGAUGCCCUUCGUUACGAUUUCACCAUUCCCUUUCCCGCCGAUGGGGCCGACGAAACAGCACAUCAAUUUCAUAACGCUAUCCCGGUGCUGUACGAGACAGCGGUCAAUCAACCCAACAAUGCCUUCCUUCUCCCUUUCAUCGCAGACCCUCCUACGACCACAUUGCAGCGACUCAAGGGUCUUACAACGGGGACAUUGCCUACAUUUAUCGAUGCUGGAUCGAAUUUUGCAGGCACCGCUAUUGAAGAGGACAAUCUAGUGGCGCAGCUGAAGAAUGCCAGCAAAAGAAUCGUUCAUAUCGGAGAUGACACCUGGCAUGCGCUCUUCCCUGGGUAUUUUGAACCAAACCUUACGAGACCCUACGACUCAUUCAAUGUGUGGGAUUUACAUACCGUCGACAAUGGUGUCACCGAGCAUGUUUUCCCCCUCAUGCAUCCCUCAAACACGAGCAAGUGGGAUGUGGUCAUUGGCCACUACCUUGGGGUUGAUCAUGCAGGACAUCGCUAUGGACCCGAUCACCCUGCUAUGAACGCGAAGCUCAGUCAGAUGGAUGGUGUCAUUCGCCAGAUGAUUGAGGCACUGGAUGACAACACCCUUCUUGUCGUUAUGGGAGAUCAUGGUAUGGAUGCAAAAGGAGAUCAUGGCGGUGAAUCAGACGACGAGAUUCAAGCUGCGCUGUGGAUGUAUACUAAGCAGCCAGCGUUUGGACGAAGCUCUUCAGACUACAUACAUCCUCCGGCUACCGCAAAGGAGAGGCCAGUCGCACAGAUCGAUCUUGUCCCUACAUUAUCUCUUCUACUUGGAAUGCCCAUCCCCUUCAACAACCUCGGUAAACCUAUCGAAGAAGCUUUCAUUGGCGCAAGCGGCGAUGAUUAUCAAAAUCUUGCAAUUGUCAAUCGCCUGACGGCUGCCCAAAUACAUCGCUAUCAGCACGAGUAUGCUCUGGCGCGCGGCAUCGAGGAGAGCACUCGGAUGAGUUCUCUUGCACUCUGGACUGCUGCGCAUGCUGCCUGGGAUAUGGCCAACACUACAGCUCACCAAGGCCAUUUUCAGUCAGUCUACUCCGCUUUCUCGGCCUACCAACAAGAGACGCUCAGUAUCUGUCGUGGGCUCUGGGCCCGCUUUGAUGUCCCCAGAAUGCUCAAUGGUGUUAUGAUACUGUUGUCUACGCUUGUAGUCCUUGCCAUCUACUCUCGAGGCACGGCGGGUGAUCAAACAGAGCUAACCCCGGCAUUGCUCAUCCACGGAGGAAUGGGCACAAUCAUUGGCGUUCUUGUAGGCUUCGGGGCUACCUUCGCUCUUACCUCCUUUGCGAAAGAGCACGUGCUUAUCUGUGCAGCAGUAGUUGGGGGUAUGACGGGCGUCUCAUCUGCAUUCUGGCGCAUCAGAAGUAGGCUUUUCUUACCAUUUCCUACGACCAUCUGGGGCUGGAUGAGUGUCGGCUUUACUCUUCUUCUAUCCAUUGGUUUUGCUGCAAACUCGUUCACCAUCUGGGAAGAUGAGAUCCUCCUUUAUUUCCUUUGUACAUUUGGUGUGGUUGCAGCCCUUUCGUCCUUUCGGCAAAAGGCCAUUGCCGAUCGAGCAUUGGGUUGCUAUCACUCGAUUCUGUUCAUCAUCUUAACCCGGAUGGCUUCUCUAUCUCGUCUGUGUAGGGAGGAGCAGAUGCCGUACUGCAAGUCUACGUACUAUGCCUCAGCCAAUUCUUCCACUUCUGCCACAUGGCAACUGGCCAUACCGUACGUGGUUGCACUCCUUAUACCUGUUUUUAUACGAGGUUACUACGAAGGCACACGAUCAUACCAAGGAUCUGCAAUCAUGUGGCUGAACUUGGCCCUUCGCUUUGGCCUACUUUUAAGCGCUGCUUUCUGGACCAUGGAUGCUGCCGAUGACGGUGAUUGGUACCCCUGGCUGGGUGAAACGUUGAAAACAUCCAAGAUCGUUGUUGCUAUAAUCACUUUCGCCAUUUCCCUCGGAUUCGGUUACUCCACAUUCAUUUGGUCAAAACCUCUUUUGGAGAUAGAGAAUCGAGCUGCAACCAGCACCUCUAACGUCGCCACUAACAAUGGGCGCACAUCUAUCACUAUUCUUGGGUAUGCCAAUGUGCAUGGGUCUCGAUACGCCCUCCUGAUCACCGUUUGGUACCUGGCCAUUGCACUCGUGCAGAAGCCGAUGGGAGCAGGCGCGCUUGCGUUAGCAAUGUGGCAGAUAUUUUCACUCUUUGAGAUCAUCGAUACCAAUAAACUCUCCGACAGCCCUAUCGGUCCGGUCAUUCUGGGAUUAUUGGGCUCGUUUCAUUUCUUCAAGACCGGCCACCAAGCGACUUUGGCAAGUAUCCAAUGGGAAACGGCGUUCAUCCCUCUUCGUACUAUUCGCUAUCCAUGGUCACCACUUCUUGUCAUCCUUAACCACUUUGGCGCUCAGAUACUCUGUGCCGUUGCCGUCCCCGCACUUGUGCUGUGGAAACAGCCGCCCAAGAAGAAGGGAUUGUUAGGAGACGUCGCCAAGGCCGUAGGUACCCACCUGCUCUUCUACGCCACGAUCAACCUGGCGACGACGAUGUGGGCUGGCCAUUUGAGGAGACAUUUGAUGCUUUACAGAAUCUUUAGCCCUCGAUUCAUGGUCGGCGGCGCGGCAUUGCUCGUCGUGGAUUUGUUCUGUAUAUUCGUAGCGAUUGCGGGGACGAGGAUCAGUAUUUCGAGCUCAGCCGAAGUUUUUGGGUUUCCCGGUUGAAGAAUGGGGGGCAAUCUCAUUCGACGUAAAUGUUUAUCUCAAUCAUGCACCGUUGAUUUAUCAUCAGAGGUCAUGUUCAUACUACCCCUUUCACAAUGUAUAAAAUUUACUGAACCCGACUGUCUGUCCCUUUGCUUCUUGCUCAUCAAAAUGUCCAUGUACUAUACCAUAAUCAUAUACUUCUGUUGUUAUACUCUUGACUCGGGGGGGCUACAUCUUGAAUUAUUAUUAAUUUGGAUUUGGAUUUUGGGAUUACAACAAUACAUAGACCAAAAAAACGAGCAAUAACUAAAAAAUUUCAUCUUGAAUUCAAUGGUGUCCAGGCAGACAUACCACUUUGAAAUAACCAUCCCGCUAUGCUGCAUGAUGCAAUACCCUGACAAGUCAGAAACAAUCAUGUGCCCUUGGUUAGAUGAAUAGGUUGCACACAGCGGUACAGCGAGAGACAUCAAAGGCGCGUACAUCAAGACAGUAAACA